CGCGCUCUACUGUCGUGCCAUUUUAUGCUACCGAGAUUGCCCGUGCGCGUGAUCGUGAGAGAAGUACAUGUGUUGCCUAGCUAGGCCCUAUAUGACAUGACAUGUAUGAAAAAUGAAUGCGACCGCCGUUUUCAAGAAUAAACGUUGUACUUUGGAGAGAGCAGAGAAGUUUAUAUCGGACACGUAUUUCACCGAUGUGAACUUAAGAGGAAGGCUGUAUCCAGACAAACAACCAGUGACAGCCAUUUAUCACUGUGCAGUAGAAGACAGGAUACCAUACCAUGAGGCAAUCACUCGGGAUUUUACCAAAACUGAAGUGGGAAGGUCUUUUGGACCAACAUGGGCAACACAUUGGUUUCGGAUUGAGUUUGCCAUUCCCAAGAAAUGGUCCGAUAAGGAUGAAGUGCGAUUAGCUUGGAAUUCCAACUCGGAGGCAACAGUUUGGCAAGAUGGAAUUCUUGCCCAAGGAUUGAACAAAGACAACCACAAAGAUUUCAUUCUGUUAGGAUAUCCAGCUGGCAAACCUCAUUCUCUCUACAUUGAGAUGGCUUGUAAUGGACUUUUUGGUGCCGGCUCUGGUUUGAUUGGACCGCCUGACCCCAACAAGACCUUUGCCCUGAGCAAGGUUGAGCUGGUGACCUUUGACCGGUUGGUGUUUGACCUCAUCCAUGACAUUGAGACCCUGGUGGAUAUGGCCAAGCAUAUUCCAGAGACUGACCAGCGCAGCUUCCAAGCGUUGUACACGGUCAAUUCCAUGGUCAACAUUUGUACUGUAGGGAACCCUGACUCCUACCGGCAGGCAAGACAGGUAGCCCAGAAGUUCUUCAGUCAGGCACCAGGUUCAUCCUGUCAUACUGUACACGCUAUGGGGCAUGCCCACAUUGAUUCGGCCUGGCUGUGGCCGUACGCAGAGACAGUGCGGAAGUGUGCCCGGAGUUGGUCCACGACCUUAGCGCUGAUGGAUAGGCACCCAGACUACAAGUUUGUGUGCUCCCAGGCCCAGCAGUAUGACUGGGUGCGAAUUCACUAUCCUGGUCUAUUCGAGAGGAUACGGCGCAGUGUUCAAAAGGAUCAGUUUAUUCCAGUUGGAGGAGUGUGGGUAGAAAUGGAUGGGAACCUUCCUAGUGGGGAGUCCUUCGUCCGCCAGUUCUUGUACGGUCAGCGCUUCUUCAUGAAGGUUUUUCAGAGGAAGUGUAACGUGUUUUGGCUUCCAGACACUUUUGGCUACUCAGCCCAGCUGCCGCAGAUCGUCCGAGAAGCAGGCAUAGAGUAUUUUGUCACUCAGAAACUCAGCUGGAGUCUCAUCAACAAAUUCCCACAUUCAACAUUUUGGUGGGAGGGGAUUGACGGGUCACGUUGCCUAACCCAUUUCCCGCCAGCUGAUGAUUAUGGAACAUCUGCCAAAGUCGAAGACAUUUUGAAGACAGUGAAAGGUAACAAGGACAAGGGGCGUGUCAAUCAUUCCAUACUUCUCUUCGGUCAUGGGGACGGGGGAGGCGGACCAAGUGAAGAGAUGCUAGCAAGACUGGAGAGAGUCAAAGAAGUUGAUGGACUGCCAAGAGUCAAGCAGUCAACACCCGUGGAUUUCUUUGAGUCAGUGGUGAAGGAAGGAACAGACAAUCUGUGUUCAUGGGUCGGGGAGCUGUAUCUGGAGUUGCAUCAGGGCACAUUCACUACACAGGCUAAGCUCAAGAAAUACAAUCGAAAGUUGGAGUUCAUGUUACGGAAUGUGGAGCUGGUUCAUUCGCUUGGACUGGCCAUUCCUGGACUAAGAGGGCGCUAUCCAUCAGACCAGCUUGACCACAUGUGGAAAGGAUUGCUUCUGAACCAGUUUCAUGACGUGUUACCGGGAUCAUGUAUCAAGCAGGUUGUUGAGGAUGCAGUCAAGAUAUAUGAAGACAUAGAGAACACUGCCUCCAAACUGCUCAUGGACGGACUUCAAGCACUUUGUGCUGCCUCCCAAGAGAAAGGCUACUAUGUUUUUAAUCCGGUCUCCUGGCAACGGGGUGAGGUCAUCGCCCUAGCCCGGCAAGAAGACGAGGAAGGUCCAACUGAAGCCAAGGUGGCUAAAAUCGACUCAGUGAUCAAGGACUGUGAAGGGAAGACUCUAGUUCUGGUGGAUGUACUACCAAUGAGCCUCAUGUCAGUGCGCGAAUCGUCAGCAAGUGUUAUUCCAGUGCAAGUCAUACAGAGCGAGGGCUCCAUUCUGCUAGAGAAUGAGCAUCUUGUGGCAUCGAUAGACGGGCUUGGACGAGUGCAGAGUUUAUGGCAUAGGGAGGCAGAAAGGGAUGCCUUCAAAACCUGUGACCAGGGCAGUUUCUAUGGCAACCAGUUUGUCCUCUUUGAUGACAUUCCACUGUUCUGGGAUGCUUGGGACGUAAUGGAUUACCAUUUGGAAACCAGACAACCAAUCACCAAAGCGGUCACCUCUGCGCAGAUCCUAGAUAACAACCAACUGCGAUGCUCGAUACAGACCAAGCUAUUCAUCAGUGACAAAAGCUGGAUAGAACAAGUGAUCUCAUUGGACAGCGGGUGUCCAUACCUCAAGUUCUCCACAAAGGUUGAAUGGCAUGAGAACCAUAAGUUUUUGAAAGUUGAGUUUCCUCUGAAUGUGCGGUCAUCCAACGCAACGUACGACAUUCAGUUUGGUCACCUGCAGCGCCCUACACACCUCAAUACAUCCUGGGACUCGGCAAAGUAUGAGGUGGUGGGCCAUAAAUGGGCCGAUAUGUCAGAGCAUGGGUUUGGAGUUGCUCUACUCAACGAUUGCAAGUAUGGUCACAGUUGCCAUGGUAACAUCAUGAGGUUAUCCCUACUGAGAUCGCCGAAGAGUCCUGAUCCAACAGCAGACAUGGGGCAACAUGAAUUCACCUAUGCCAUCAUGCCACAUACGGGCAGUUUUCAGGAGAGUGGAGUGAUCCAACAAGCAUAUAAUCUCAACAACCCGUUGGUCGUCUUCCCUGGUUCCCUGCCACAUCAAGGCGGUUCGUACUUCAAAGUGGAUAAUCCAGCUGUUGUGAUAGAAACAGUCAAGAAGGCAGAGGAUAAUGACAAUGUUGUAGUGAUGCGACUGUACGAAGCGUUUGGUGGACAGGCCAAAGCCACAAUCCAGAGUAGCCUACAUAUCAGCAGAGCCGUGAGAUGCAACAUUCUUGAGGAGCCCACACCCAACAAUGCCCUCAAUGGGAACGAGAUCAAGUGGGUGGGUAGGUCAGUUCAACUCCAUCUCAAGCCUUUUCAGAUCGUCUCCCUGCUUUUGUUUUUAGAGUAGGUGUGUUUUCACAUCUUUUAAGGUGAACUUGAGACCAGAGGAGUUGACAGUGUGCGGUCUCCAGCCAGAUCAUUGAGAUUCAAA